ACCGGUCACAAAUAGUCGUACAAAAAACAAAAUGGAAGAUUUUUACAACCAAAUUGAUGUUACUGAAGACUUGAAAGCGUUCGAGCGGCGGCUAACAGAGUAUCUAACAUCACUUUCAACAACAACAACAAGAUGGCGGGUAAUUUUAGCUGUUUCCUCUGCUGUAGUAUUCUUGGGAGCGUGGGGUUUGAUAAUUGAUGAUGUACAACAUGGGUCUUUUCUGAUGUCUCUGUGGUAUCAUAAAUUAUUUACUUUGAGCUGUUUUAACCUGCUAGUUCUUAUUCUGUUUGGAAUUCACAGACGUGUAGUUGCACCAAAUAUCAUUUUAUCAAGAACAAGAUUAGUUUUACAAGAUUAUAAUAUGUCAUGUGAUGAGAAGGGCCGAUUGAUACUCAAAGCAAGACCAUCUUCAGGUUUAGAUGAUUGAUAGUCAAUUUCUUUAUAAUCAAGGAAUGCAUCAAAAAUGAUUUAUUAUUAUGAUCAAUGUUACAUUAUUUUUUCAUGUAUAGUAAAUGAUUUAGGAUUAUUCUUACUGCUAUAAUCUACAACACAAAUAUUUGUUUGUAAAAUCAGUAAUCAGUAUGACUUUGAUGCUGCAACAUCAAGUUCAAAUGCAUGAUUUUUUGAUAAAGAAUGAUCUCUUAUAACAUAGAAUAAAUGAAUACUUUUCAGCACAGCUGUUGAUACAACUUUUCUAUUGCACUUCUAAUGCAGGUAUAUGUAAAUAUAUUGAAAAAAAUAUGUAUAUAAUUAAAAAAAUGAAUUACCAGUUCCAAGUA